AUGGCGAUAUGUAAUCCGUGGAUCUUGGAUAUUGAGGCAUUUGGCUUGGUUACUCGUAGAAAUGCUGUGCUUCAGUCAGAUUUUGAUGUGGAGCUGGAAGAAGCAGUGGAAGAAUUGCUGACUGACAAACCGCAGACCCCAGAGCCCCUUACCUCUCCAGAUCUUAUUGAAUUUGAAAGGUACCUGCAUUUUUAUAAGCAUAUGAUGGAUAUGCUGACAGAGAGCCAUAUGGUUUCCCCAGAACAGAUUGCACAACCUGUGGUGUCCAAAGUGGUUGCUAACCUGUGGCAAGACCUUAAGCGGGAGGGGAAUUCCAGCAUCUACCAGUAUGGUAUCCCCCAGGCUCAAAGUACUCCGUGCUUCUUCACGUUUCUGCCUGACUUAGUCUUCACCGACGGGGGUGCAAAAGAAAGCUCGACAGGGAGCCAGGAGGCUACAAGCUCCUUUCUUUCCUCUACACCAGAAGAACAGAUUCUGUUUGAAGAUGCUUUCGAUGUGGCUUCAGAUUUUCUAAACCAUGGUGCUAUUCAGACCACUUCCAGCCCCAGUGGUUUACAUGACCUUUUGCCUUGGGAGAGCCCAGAAGGAAACCUCUAUCUGUACCAGCAAAUCUAUGACUUCCUGAGGUCCAGUCUGACCUCUUACACCAAGAUGUCUUCCCAACAGUUCGAUUAUGAGACAAUGUUCUUGAGAUGUACCGAAUCCUUUGACGAUGAAGAUGACCUGUGAACGCCCUGAAAGCCAUCUUUUCAGCACUUACACCGACAGAAAAAAGAAUGAUCAAAACAGCCACCAUAUUUGUGGUUUGAGUCUGCAGGCCAUUUUUUGUGCCAAAGCUGUGUCACAGAUUUCCAACAAAUUUUUUUCCAUCUGGCUAAACUCUUAUGCCGCAUACACACGGUCAGACUUUUGCCCGGGCAAAACUUUGUCGGAAU